AUGGCGACUAACGGCAAUAUCGUGAAUGUAUCUCAACUAUCGAUUCCAAUCUUCAACGGAGAAAGCUAUGAGUUCUGGAGCAUCAAGAUGAAGACCUUGUUCAAGUCUCAAGAUAUUUGGGACUUAGUUGAGAAUGGCUAUAUCGAACCAGAUGAAGAGGCGAGAUUGAGAGACAAUAAGAAGAAGGACUCAAAGGCAUUAUUUUUUAUCCAACAAGUCGUUCAUGAGAUAGUUUUCUUGAAAAUUGCUGCAGCAAAUAUAGCGAAAGAAGCUUGGGGAAUCUUGCAAACAACAUUUCAAGGCUCCUCUAAGGUAAUGAAGAUAAAACUUCAAUCACUUCGUCGGGAUUUUGAAACCUUGCAGAUGAAAGGUGGAGAGCCGGUGCAGGAUUUUUUAUCCAGAGUUGCUGAAAUUGUCAACAAAAUGCGGUCUUAUGGGGAGAAUAUUAAUGAUCAAACAAUUGUUGCAAAAAUUUUAAGGAGUCUCACUCCUAAGUUUGAUCAUGUAGUGGCUGCCAUAGAAGAAUCCAAAGACCUGGAAACAUUCACAUUUGAUGAAUUAAUGGGAUCAUUGCAGUCCCAUGAGACGAGGUUGAACAGAACGGAAGAGAAGACCGAGGAAAGGGCUUUUCAUGUGAAAGGGGAGGCAUUUCCCCAGAAAAAUGAACAAAAAUGGCGAGGUCAGGUUGGAUCUCGUGGACGAGGAGGUCGUGGCAGAGGACGAGGCUGAAGCGAUGGAUACCAAAAUCAAA